CGGCACCAUUAUGUGAAGGCUAUUUGAUUUUUGAUUUUUGCGAGGGGCUACAAACGGAAUGACAAGGUUAUUAUACCCUCCAUAGGGUGAUGGUGGUGGAUGGAAACGGGGAUAAAAACGGAAUCUUCUUGGGAACACAACUCUCUUGUGGGCUUUGUAAUUGUUUUGCAGCGGAAGCUAAAGGUUGUGUUCGAGAUGGAUCACAAAUGGAUAACCUGUGACAAUGGAACUGUGCCACCACUGGCUGUGGUGGGUGGUUACGACUCGGAUGGUGACACCAUUUACAUUGGACGGGCUGAAUUCGCAGGCGAUCUUUUGCCAGCCAAGGUUAUUCCAGCUAAAGGCAAAGCCUAUGUCUGCUACGACGGCAAAGAGUACGAAAUCGAAACCUAUGAAGUGUUGACUGGAUUGCGUUAUCAGUGGAUUGCAGCUGCCAAUGGCGAUGUACCCGAAGCGGCCAUAAAAGUCGGCAGAGCUUCUGAUGGCGAUUUUCUCUAUGCUGGACGCGGAUUCUGGCAAGGAAGUUUGAGCUUGGGCAAAGUACACCCCUCACACGGUUGCCUCUAUAUCCCCUACGGCGCAGAGGAAGUCAGCUUAACAGAUUACGAGGUAUUAACGCAACCAGACCAGUGGAUCUCCGCCACUGCUGAUUCGAUGCCCGAAGAUGCGCUCGAAGGAGGUUGUGACGUAGACGGUGACCCCAUCUAUGUUGGCCGUGUAUGUAGGCAUGGUGAUUUACUGCCAGCCAAAGUUAUUCCCAACAAGGGUGGUGCCUAUAUUUGUUGGGACGGCGAAGAAGAGAAAGUGGAAGAUUUCCAAGUCCUGGUUGGAGCAGGUUUUAUGUGGGUUGCCUGUGAAAAUGGAAACAUUGUGCCCGGUGCUGUGCCCGCGGGCAUCACUUGUGACGGCGAAACUCUCUACGUUGGUCGUGCCGAACAUGCUGGUAGUCUGAGUGUGGGCAAAGUUCAUCCCUCCCAUGGAUGCAUCUAUAUUCCAUUCGGUGGCGAAGAAGCUAGUAUCGAAUCGUAUGAAGUUCUGGUCAGGUUAUAGAUUAUUAUAAUACAUCCCCACGAUGAAAUGAAAUUGCAUAUGACAUCACAUAAAUCACAUAAAUCAAAUAAAUGCAUACAAAUUCGUACUAAGCAAGGUACUACAACGUAUCGACAUUUUUUGC